AUGGAGGUGACAUUCGGAGCCGUUGGGGAUUUCAUCUCCAUUGGUGUGCUCAUCAAGGAUUUCAUCGAACUCCUUGAUGACAGUCGAGGCUCGGCUUGGGAGUACAACUCGUUAAAGCAACAACUUACCUUUCUUCGGCUGAACCUGGACCUCGCAAAGCGAUCCUACGAUGAGUACUACAAGGCCCCCCAGUUCCAAGAUAUUCGGAACACGCUGGAGAGUGUCGUGGAUGAGGCAGAGAGACGACUGGAGGACAUUGCAGUCAAGGUGCAAAAAUACACAUCAACCCUGUCUCAAGGCUCCACUGAGAGAAGGAUAAAAAGGGUUACAAGAAAGGUACAAUGGAGUCUUGAAAAGAAGGAGACGGAAAAGUUCUUGCUGGAUCUCAAUCGCUACACAUCCAUCAUCCAAUCAUUGCAGUUUAAUGCAUUUGCGCGUUUGAUGGAACGCAGCUUUGACAGUAGCCAGAAAGAACACAGUGAGACCCAUGAACUUGUGAGCAAACUUCAAAAGGACUUUGGCGACCGUUUCACUAGCCUAGAGGACGAGUUGAGAGCUGUCAGAACCAAUUCCGCUAAUACACAGCAAUAUCUCCUUGACAUCAGUAUGGUUGUCACUAGGCGACUCGACAUUGUCACACAAACAGUCAACUCUUUGGGGGUUGCCGUACUGAGAGGUGUUUCGGGCAUGUCUUACUUUGGGACAUCCGUCUUAUCUUUAUUAUCCGCCAUGCACAACAACAUCAUAGGCCGUCUCGAACGUCCUCCGCAUAUGGGCCCUUAUUUUACAUUUGAAGAUUAUCUGGGUGUUGACUCGAUCAUAUUGCUUAACUUUGUGGAUUCCUGGAACGCCUUUGAGGGAUCCUUACAUGGCAAGUUCAAGGGCCGAAAGGGCGGCAGACGAGUGGCCCAGAAUCGAUUCCUCCUGCAGGAUCAUCAAACCGGAGACGAGAUUGAUCGAGAUGCUCAAUGGAGCCUGGCUGUCACACCAGGGUCUCGAAUCAAUAUGAGCCUGAUUUAUGAAGUUAAGGAAGAUGAGGAGGAAGCCCAAUCCCUCAAGUGCCCGUUCCCAUCAUGCGGGGCAAUGUGUGAAGGAGUUAUAGGGAUUGUGAUACAAUGCCCUUCAUGUCAGCAACUAUUUCGAAAGCUGCCAGGCAUGUCUGACGAUGACGAGCUUCCAGCAGCGCCCAAUGCUCCUGAUUCGGGGAUCAACGAUCCAAUCAUGAAGUUUGAAAGUAACUCUUCUGGGCCCGGCCAAUCUCGCAAGAGAAAGGGAGGCCCCUUAGACAAAAGAAGAGCGCUGCGAGCCAAAAGGAAACCAACAGACGCUCGCAACACUGGCUCUGACUCGGACGACGCCGACUUGACGGGCAUCAAGCGAGUGACUGUACUACCGAUAUUGCGGCUUGCUAUACGACCAACUCCACCAAAAUCCGAGUCAGAGCAGAAUUUUGGAGAUUCAGCACAACAAAUUGCUGUCGAGGAACGGGGAACGAGUCACAACUUAGACAAUGUCAACAAGAGUGGCAACGUUGAAAGGCCAUCAGGUACCGAGUCACAUCCCGGGGGCAAGAAUAAAAGGAUAUCGGAGCUACGAUCUGAAUCUCAUGAAGAGCAACUCGGGGCUGCGUAUGUGAGCAGUAUGUCAUACCAGGAGAGUGACGGCUACAACGGAGACCCGUAUGAUAGGAUUCCAGGCCCAGGCGCAUAUGUUUUUGAGAGCGUCUUGCCGGGUGGUUUUCUAUCCAAAGAUCCUCGACUGGAGUACUCAUCCACAGGUUCCGCUCAUAGACCAUCAGCACCCCAUAAUAAGGGAUCUGAGAAGAAGAAAUCUGUUAAGAAGAGGAUGCCAAAGGUCCGGAAGGCGACAGAAGCGGAUGCAAAGCGCCAUAAAAUUCCCGCUGGAUGUUCUUUGAAAAACUGGGACCCGGACGAGGAACCAAUCCUGCUCCUUGGGAGCGUUUUCGACGCUAAUUCUUUAGGGAAAUGGAUUUAUGACUGGUCUGUAUACGCUCAUGGAGCUUCGACGCCGAUAUCGGAUAUGGCUGGAGACUUUUGGCUGCUACUUAUUCAGCUAGCUGGUAAAUUGAGGAGAGCGGAAGAGACAGUAGCAAGGGUCAAGUCAGUGGACUCUAAAGAGGUGGUAGAGGAUUUCAUCGAAGCAGGGGAGAGGCUUUGGGAGAAACUGGUGUCGCUGGUCAAGAAGUGCGAGGCUCCCAUGUUGAAAGCAAUCAAGCUCAAAGAAAGAAAAGGCAAAGACACAUUUCGCAAGCAGAGCGGCGAUGAGAAAGAAUCUUCACAGGAGCCUAAGACUGAAUCAGAUGGUUUGAGAAACGAAUCUGAGGAAGUGUCGGCGCCCAAUGGGGGAAGUAAUAUCGAAAAGACGAAAAAGGUAAAACAAGAUGUUGAGAAAAACGCGGGUGUUGUUUUCAUUGAGACGAUUUUUGGCAAAGAUCAGGAGUUGGAACGAACUGAGCGGUUGAUGCAGAACUUGCGACUCUACAACCUGAGAUUCGACGCCAAUUGCGAGAGUAUACUAAGAAGCGAGCUAGAGAACUAG